GUGAAGGGGAGGAGAGGCGAAGACGUGUGUUUGUUGGUGUGCAAACGUGCGUGAGAUCCAGUUGGUGCCGUGUGUUGCUCCUCGCACUUUUGAAGACAGUGUUGAGGGGUAGACAGCCAUCUACCCGGAGGGAGGGAGUCUCAUAUCUUUGCGCCACUGCGCCAUUGUGACACAUGGAGGUAGAGGGAGCCGAGGACCAUCGAAUGGAGGUGAGGAGAGGGGCGGGGAGGAGAGGAAACGCUGCUCUCUGCGCUCGUUCUGUCGUCAUCUCUUCUCUGUGCCGUUUGUGUGUUGUCUGAGUCAGGAUGGUGCUCUUGAGGGAGAGGGACAGCUGAAGCGAGCGCGCAAGGACCCCUCUGACGUAGAGGAGGGGGAAGAAGUUUCAGGUGAGACCCCAGGCGCACCAUCACGAGCCUUUGGCAGCAUUCCCACACUUGCACGAGGGUUUGUCGUGUCUCUGCGUGACCUGUGUGCAGGUGAGCGCCGUGACGACGGUCGCAGGCACAAGAAGCACAAGAAGCACAAGCACCGCGACCACGACAGGGACAGAGGGGAUCGCAAGGACAGAAAAGCCAAGAAGAAGGUACGUCACCUCACCCACAGCCUCCCCCCCUGUCUCCCAUAUGACCAUUGCCCUCUCUCUCCCUCCCUCUCUGUCCAUCAUAUCUGCAGGAGAGGGAGGACUCUUACGAGGACUACCAUCGUGACCGCGAUCGUGACCGUGAUCGCGCCGACAGCAGCCGCCGUGGCGGGGGUGACCGCUACUACGACGACGGCCGACGAGGGGGAGGCGACUACCGCCCUUCGUACGACAGAGAGAGCGGCUCACACUACCGCGGCCGGCGCGAUGACCGGUCGGCGUAUGACUUUCGCCGUGAGAGGGACAGGGAGAGGCGGGACGAUCGCGAGUGGAGGUAUCGCGACAGAGGGGGCGACAGGGAGAGGGACAGGGAGAGGGGACGGGGCGAGAGGGACAGGGACAGGGACAGGGACAGGGAGAGGGCGCAGCAACAGCGACAGCAGAUGGACGCUGCCAAGGACGAACAGAAGGUAACAUCAGCGGGGAGGAGGGAGUAGGGAUGGGUGGUAGACCUGAUUCAAUGUGUGCCGCCUCUGUCUGUGUCUGUCUGUGUGUGUCAGGGUGAGUUGAGCACGGCGGCUGACGACACGGUGGCCAAGGAGCCGACCCACGACGAGCAGAAACCGCCCAUCAUCGCAAAGCAAAGUACCACCCACCAGCCACAGCCACACCCCUCGCACCGGACCAUUCUCCCUCUCUCUCCCUGCCUCUCUGCCUGUCUGUCUGCGCUCAGUUUCCUACGACAACGACGAGGAGCUGCCCGACGCCGCCCACAUGAUGGGGGCAGAUGGUGAGGAGGAGGAUGAAGAGGAGGAAGAGGACGAGGCGGCCUUUCUCGAGAGAAAGCGGAAGCGGCGCGAGGAGCUGCUCAAGAAAUACCAGGAGGCCGCUGCUGGCGGUGCGACAGGUACGCUUGUGGGAGGGGGGAGGAAGGGAUGGCGAGGACAGCGCGGCUGGACGAAUGGAUCAUGUGUGUGUCCGUGUUUUGGUUGAUGUGCAGGUGAGGGCCAGGUGUCUUCUUUGGUCGGUGAUAGUGGUGUCGCUAAGCGUGUGGCUGAGGUACAUGUGGCUACCACGGUUGAUGCGGGCCUGACUGUCACUAACAGUGAGGCCCUUUUCUCACAACAACACAAUCAUGACCACAAUGGUGCUGGUCGUGGUGAUCGUAUCCAUCACACCAGGACAGCAGAAGAAGGAGGCCAAGGACCACCUGCUGCGGAAAUGGAACAAGAGCGGGACAAGGCUAAGGGAGAGGGAGAGGACGGCCACAUAUCGCCACUCGAGCCUGGGUAAGCCACAUGCACACGGCCACAGACUUAUUGCAAAAGAGCCAACACAACCACAACCACGUCAUGUGUGUGUCUGUCUGUGUGUGUGUGUCAUCAGAGAGGUGUUGGCUGACACCGAGUUCGAUCACAUGUUUGAGAACCCCCCCACGCCUUCAUCGCCAUCGGCAAGUCUCGUGGACGAGCCCAAGGACACCGCAUCAGCAGACGCCGACAAGCCCGAGAAGGGCGGCGACACGGGCUCCGCGGCAGAUGGUACCUCUGCUGCUGCUCGAGCUGCUGCAUCCUACCUUCCAAAAGAGGUACGUCACAUUAGACGGAUGGAUGGAUGGACGGAUGGACGGUGUGUUGUGUGUGUGUUCAGUUGGAGGCGUUGAAGCAGAAGCUGCAGGCCGAGAAGAUGCGCCUGCGCAACUUCAUCAUCAAGCAGAAGGAGGCAUACGAAAGCAAACGCGACGAGGUACCCUUCCACCUCUGCCACCACCGCCACCCACUCAUCAUAUGUCUCGCUCUCCCCCCUCCCUCUCAACAAACCCACCAGGAGGAGGGCAACGAGCCAGACGCAGAGAAGGCGCAGCCAGCAGCACCAGCAGCCCCAGCGGCAGGCGAUGAGUCUGAGGAGGAGAUCGAGGUCGACGAGGAUGAGGAUGACAUGUUCAGCGCCAAUGUGGCCAAGAAGCGCGUCAAGAAGGUCAAGAAGGGGGCCGUGCAGGUGCCCCUCGACGUCAACCCGCUCGACCUCAACCCCAACUUGGCCGACAACUGGGACGACCAGGAUGGAUACUACCUGGUACGUUUGUGUGCGGGCGGGUGCAGAGGGAGGCAUCUGUGGAUGGGUGGGAAAUGGUGUGAUGUGUGAUGUGUGUGUGUGUGUGCAGGCGCGUCCUGGUGAGGUGAUGGACGGCCGGUACAAGGUUCUGCAAGAGUGCGUCGGCAAGGGCGUCUUCUCGUCUGUCGUCAAAUGCCUCGACACCGUCGAGUACGUCACACACACACACACACACCCUUCCCCCCCCCACCACACACACACGAAGGCAUUCGUUCAUUCCUUGUCUCUGUGUGUGCGUGUGGUGUGGGGUGGGUGGCUGCAGUGACAUCGAGGUGGCGGUCAAGGUCAUCCGGAACAACGAGAUGAUGCGCCAGGCGGCCAAGAAGGAGAUGGAGAUCCUGCGGCUCCUCAACUCGACCGACAAGGAGAACAAGCGACACGUCAUCCGGCUGCUGCGCGAGUAUGAAUUCAGGGGCCACCUGUGUCUCGUGUUUGAGUGGAUGUGGGGCAACCUCAGAACAGCCGUCAAGAAGUAAGACAACACACACACGACGCGCCCUCCCCUGUGUGUGCGUGCGCUCAUCCCUCUCCCUCUCUGUGUGUGUGUGUGUCAGGUAUGGGCAGGGUCGCGGGCUGAACGCCCACGCGGUGCACUCGUACACCAAGCAGCUGUUCAUUGCGCUCAAACACUUUGCCAAGCAGAAGAUCAUGCACGCUGAUUGUAAGACAACCACACACAUACACACACACACACACAUAUGGGUCUCUGACCUCCGCCUCUCUUUCUGUGUCUGUGUCCGUUGCCUUCGUCCGUUCAGUGAAGCCUGACAACAUUCUGCUGAAUGAGCGGUUCUCGAGCAUCAAGAUCUGCGACCUGGGCAGUGCAUCUGACGUAUCGGAAAACGAAAUCACUGGUACGUCAGUCACUCACCUGACACACAAACAGAAACACAGCCAAUGGGAACACACAUGUGCAUGUGUUUGGUGUCGGUUAUGUAUGUUAUGUGCAGCGUAUUUGGUGAGCCGUUUCUACCGUGCGCCCGAGAUCAUUUUGGGGUGCAAGUACGACACCCAGAUCGACGUGUGGAGCGCCGCGUGCACCGUGUUCGAGAUGGCCACUGGAUCAGUGCUCUUUCCGGUAUGUGAGACGCCUACACACACACACACACAGAGAGAGAGAGAGAGAGCAGAAGGGGCAAUGGCGUGUGUGGAUGUGUGUGGGGGGGAUGCAGGGGCGUACGAACAAUGACAUGUUGAAGCAGAUGAUGGACUACAAGGGCAAGUUCCCCAAGUCCUUCAUCCGCAGCGGGAAGCUCGCCGUCAACCCGCCCUCCGGGCCCGCGCACUUCACAGAGGGCCCGGCCUACGACUUUCUCUACGUCGACAGGGACCCCUUCACCAAACAGGUAUGCCACGCCCAUGAGGCAGAUGGGACGGACGGCGUGUGUGGGCGGGGGCUCUCACCGGGCUCCUCUCUCUCUCUCUCUGUGUGUGUGUGUGUGUGUGUGUUUUGUUUGUGCAGGUACGUGUGGCUGCGUGAGUGAGCAGGAGGCCCACGAUAAGAGUGUGUGCGCCACAGCUGCAAUGCAUCCAUUCACAAAACCUCAUCCAAUUGUCCUGUAUGUGUCUGUCUGGUCUGUCUGCUCUGCGUGUGCACUGUUGUCUUGUCAGGAGGUGACGAGGGUGCUGCACAACUGCCCCCAGACCAAGAACAUGGGCGACAUUCUCAUACAGAAAACAAACCUGCAAGGUCAGUCAGCCGGGGCACCCCCUCUAUACCCACCACACACGCUCUCUCUCUGGCUCUCUCCCUCUCUCUCUUUCUGCGUGCAGGCAAUCCCGCCAAGGUGGCCUUGGUGAAGCGGAAGGUCAAGCAGCUGGGCGACUUGCUGGAGAAGUGCACGGCUCUGGACCCCGCCAAGCGGCUGCGGCCCCACGAGGCCCUCGACCACCCCUACCUCAAGGAGCCCUUCUCGCUCGACACCUCCGGGGGCGGCCAGUCCAACCACACUUCUUCGCGCCGAUGAGCGGAAUCAACGAGACGACAUUAUUGG